AUGUGUAGCAGAUUUCCGACAUAUUGUGGCCAUAAUCUUUGCUGCUGUACUUCUAACUCUUGUUAUAAUCAACUGCGUAAUCAUUUCCUUCGAAUCACAUCUCAGUUAAGAAAAGCUAUAUCUUGUGACAUAUAUCGCCAACAGUGGAUAGGAAAUAGUCAUUUGAAACGUUUGAAUAAAUCAUCUUAUCCGACAUCUGAGGAAAUGUAUCGACGUACCGAUUGUACCGCAUGUAUUUCAAGGGUUGAUGAGGAAGGUGUGGAAAUGAGCUGUACUGAAGAAAAUGUUGAUAUUGCAUGUCGUGGUAUGGAUCUGCGUGUUGGUGGUUUUGUUUUGUGCAAUGGAUACGGUGAUUGCUGCUGUCAGGGAGAUGGCUGUCCAGAAGCAUUGCGGAAUUUCUAUUCAGGAAGUCAGAAAUUGUUAGGAACACCGCAAACAAAUAAAAGACUAAACAGUGCUCAUUAUUUCAAUCCCAAUGCAUUAAUUAUUAUCACUUUCGUAUUUAUUACUAUUCUUUUAUUACUAUGA